CUCCUAGCUGGGGAGGGGAGGGAAGGGGAGCGUAGCGGAGCCGGCUAGGGCACAGAAGCGGCACCAUGGCUGGCAAGAAAGUCUGCAUUGUAGGCUCUGGCAACUGGGGCUCAGCCAUCGCCAAGAUUGUGGGUGGCAAUGCAGCGCAGCUGGCACGCUUUGACCCACGAGUGACCAUGUGGGUGUUUGAGGAAGACAUCGGGGGUAAAAAGCUGACAGAGAUCAUCAACACGCAGCAUGAGAACGUCAAAUACCUGCCCGGGCACAAGCUGCCCCCAAAUGUGGUGGCUGUCCCAGAUGUAGUCCAGGCUGCAGCGGAUGCCGAUAUCCUGAUCUUCGUGGUGCCGCACCAGUUCAUCGGCAAGAUCUGUGACCAGCUCAAGGGCCACCUGAAGGCACACGCCAUUGGCAUAUCUCUUAUUAAGGGCGUAGACGAGGGCCCCAAUGGGCUGAAGCUCAUCUCUGAAGUGAUUGGGGAACACCUUGGCAUCCCUAUGAGUGUGCUGAUGGGGGCCAACAUUGCCAGUGAGGUGGCCGAUGAGAAGUUCUGUGAGACAACCAUUGGCUGCAAGGACUUAGCCCAAGGGCAGCUGCUGAAAGAGCUGAUGCAGACACCCAACUUCCGCAUCACGGUGGUGGAAGAGGUGGACACAGUAGAGAUCUGUGGGGCCUUAAAGAAUAUAGUGGCUGGGGGAGCUGGCUUCUGUGACGGGCUGGGCUUUGGCGACAACACCAAGGCAGCGGUGAUCCGCCUGGGGCUCAUGGAGAUGAUCGCCUUCGCCAAGCUCUUCUGCAGUGGCCCUGUGUCCUCUGCCACCUUCUUGGAGAGCUGUGGUGUUGCUGACCUCAUCACCACCUGCUACGGAGGGCGGAACCGCAAGGUGGCCGAGGCCUUCGCCCGCACCGGAAAGUCCAUUGAGCAGCUGGAGAAAGAGAUGCUGAAUGGGCAGAAGCUGCAGGGGCCCCAGACAGCCCGCGAGCUGCACAGCAUCCUCAAGCACAAAGGCCUGGUGGACAAGUUCCCCCUGUUCACAGCUGUGUACAAAGUGUGCUACGAGGGACAGCCAGUGGGUGAAUUUAUCCGCUGCCUGCAGAAUCAUCCAGAACAUAUGUGAGCGGGGCCUGGGUCCAGGCCAGGCAGCUUCUUUAUCCUAAUGGAGAUGGCAGAAGCUUGGGCACCUGGUCACCAAGAACUCUGGAACAUCCUGUGGAGCAGGCUCUUCUCAGCUCUUCACUGGAGGAUAGGAGGCUGUGGACCGAGCUUCCUGCGUGGAGACCCUGGACUACCAAAGCAGCCUGCAGCCCCUCGCCACCACAUCUUGUCAGAAAUGGAGUUGCCCUGUCCUUUCCCAGACGUGGGGCUUUCUCCUUGUCAUCUAGGAGGUAGCAUCUAGGUCCAGUGCUGCCUGCUUUGGGGUGUGCAUGAGGGAGGGUGGGAGCAGAAGGUGGCAAAGUAAAGACUGCCAGUUGCUGCCUCACAUAGAUCAAGACUCCUGUCCCAAACCCAGUUAGGUGGCUAAAGAAGUAACAGCCACAAGAGGGAUAAGCAAGGGCUGCCAGGGAGGGGUCUAGGCUUUUGAGCUAACUUAGGCCCCAAGGACCCCUUGGCUGAUCUCUGCCAGGCCCCGCACAGCAUCAAUGGAUCUGUGUUUGUUAACAAAAUACAAAUUCAAAUAACCCCCUUCUAGCUUCUCCUAGCAACACCUGUGUCCUCAGAAACCUCUGGUCUUCCUCUUCCCCCUCCCUCAGACUGCCCUGGCACUGGAGUUGCUGCCACGCUGGCAUCCCUGGCCCCAGGGCUUGCCAUUCUCCCCAGGGACUUCCUGGUUCCUAGUUCUUUGCCAGCUUCUCCCCACCCUGUGUGACCUUUCCAAGCCUUCCCUCGCCCUCCCCACCAGCACCCUCUUUUGGGAGCAGAAACUUAAUCUGCUGACAGAGCUACACCUUUUGCUAGUGGCUCAGAUCACUGGCUCCCUGUGACCUUUGUAUUUGCCCAGCCUCCCUCCUCAGGAGCUCCAGCUGGGGGAGGUGUCAGCUGGGCCCUGUCUGCUAUCUCCCCAGGAGCUCCCUGCUCCAUCCCCUUUAUUCCUUUCAAACCCUGUACCUCUCUCUGAUGCCCCAGAGCAGCCAGGACAGCAAGCCUGCACCUGGCAUCUGGAGGCCAGGGGCAGAGUGGCUUAAAGGCUGAGUAGGGGUAGGAAAAGAGGGAUCAAGUUCCCCAUGUUGGUGGGUCCUGAUAGUCCGAGCCCAACUCUGUCAAAUGAGCACCUUCUUGGGACUUCUUGACCACAUCCGCACCUCAGGAGCUGGGAAACUCAAGGAGAAAGAAGAUAAAAACCACUCUGUUCCCUGGGGUGGAGGGAGAGCAGGAGGGAGUGGGGAGGAGAGGAGUGUACCUUGCACUGGCCUGGCUCCAGGAUGGGGUGGCAGUAGGGGAAUGUCACAGGUCAGCAGCCUGGGGCCCUAGCUAUAAAUAGUCUCUGAAGCCUGAGAGGCUCCUGCCCUGUCCAGUAGGGGUCUCAGCUCCUUGUGGGGCAGCACCUGGCACACUGCGGCUCUGGCCAGCAUUACAUUAACCCUCUCAAUAAUCCAGGGAGGCCGGCCCCUCUCACUAGCCCUUGGGAAGUCACUGUCUUACCACAUCAGACAAGAGAGUGAGGGCUGGCCCGGCCCAGAUGGGGCACUAGCUUUAUGGAGCUGCCUCCCCAGGUGGGGGCAGGGAGACAUCUUUGCCUACUCUUGUUCACUCCGCAGUUAACUGUGAAUCUGAGGCCUUCCUAUGGGGCCUACUUGUCUACCCAAUAAAGCGUGGUUUUCCUAGAAA